AUGUGGCGCCACAAGGUGGUGGCGCGCUUCGGCCUAAUGCACACCAUCGCGUGCAACCUGUGCGAGUGGCUGUACGUGCUGGUGGCGGAGACGCGCCACGAGAUCAUGCACCUCAACAGCCACGCUGCGGAGCACGGAGAUGACGCCAACGACACGCACCACGAGGUGGCUCUCGAGGACUGCCGGCGCUCCAACAUCAUCGGGCUGCUGGUGCAGGACGCCAGCCCGUUCCUCUUCCCGUGCACCGUCGAGUACAGUCUGAUCUGCGCCGUGGUGCUGUACGAGAUGUGGAAGAACGUGAACAAGUCUCCGCCGGCGAGUGGGCGUGGCCAUUCCGGGCGCGACGACACGGCCGCCUCCACGCCCGCGCCCUCCGCGCCGGCCACGCGCCCGUCCUCCUCCUCCACCGGCGACGAGGACGUCGAGAACGACUCCAACGACUCCAAGGAGGACGCGCCCAACAACGAGACCAGCAUCUGCCCCGUC